GCUACAACAUUGCCUGUAGCUCCAAUUGGGUAGCAGGAGUUAUUCCACACAUCCAGCAUGUUGGCCGCACGAACUUUCGCCUCGCCCGCGCGGCAAUGCCUCCGCCAGGCUAGCCGCACCUCGAGAUGGGCGCCCGCGCUAUCGCAGGCCUCCAUCCGCACCUACGCCGACGAGGUGGCCAAGUUCCACGGAACCAAGGGCAGCGACGGCAAGUACAGCGUCACUCUCAUUGAGGGCGACGGUAUUGGCCCCGAGAUUGCGCAGUCGGUCAAGGACAUCUACUCGGCUGCAAACGUCCCAAUCAAGUGGGAGUCAGUCGACGUCACCCCGCGCCUGAACGAGGACGGCAAGACGGUCAUCCCCGACGCGGCCAUCCAGAGCGUCGAGAAGAACCUGGUCGCGCUCAAGGGCCCUCUCGCAACCCCCAUCGGCAAGGGCCACGUCUCCCUCAACCUGACGCUGCGCCGUACCUUCAACCUCUUCGCCAACGUGCGACCGUGCCGAUCCAUCGCCGGCUACAAGACACCCUACGACGACGUCGACACCGUCCUGAUCCGUGAGAACACCGAGGGCGAAUACUCUGGCAUUGAGCACGUUGUCGUUGACGGCGUCGUGCAGAGCAUCAAGCUCAUCACCCGCGAGGCUUCCGAGCGCGUUCUGCGAUAUGCCUUCCAGCACGCCCGCGACAUUGGCAGGAAGAAGGUCCGCGCUGUGCACAAGGCCACCAUCAUGAAGAUGUCCGACGGUCUGUUCCUCAGCACUGCCCGCGAGCUGUCCAAGGAGUUCCCCGACAUUGAGUUUGACGCCGAGUUGCUGGACAACACCUGCCUGAAAAUGGUCACUGACCCCACUCCCUACAACGACAAGGUCCUUGUCAUGCCCAACCUGUACGGAGACAUUCUGUCGGAUAUGUGCGCUGGUCUCAUUGGUGGUCUUGGUCUGACCCCAUCUGGUAACAUUGGUGACAAGUGCUCCAUCUUCGAGGCUGUCCACGGUUCUGCGCCCGACAUUGCGGGUAAGCAGCUUGCCAACCCCACUGCGCUGCUGCUCAGCUCCAUCAUGAUGUUGCGCCACAUGGGUCUCAACUCGGAAGCUGCCAACAUUGAGCAGGCCAUCUUCAAGGUCCUCGCCGAGGGCAAGACCAUCACCGGCGACCUCGGUGGCAAGUCUAAGACUUUCGAGUACGCCGAUGCAGUCAUCAAGGCAUUGAAGUAGAUUUUGCGAUUAGAAAUUUGAGCUCGAGAACCAUGGGAAGGUAGCGCUUGCAUACUGUGGAUAUGUAACAGUCAUUGUACCAUAGGCCGCCAUUUCUGCUGAAUAUAUGCGAUUUACCUCU